AUGGUAAAGUUGUUAGUGACAAGAAAAUCAGGGGGUCAACAGAGGAAGGAGGUGUCCAAAUACAAUGACGCCAACUACCCGGAAGCGGAGGGGGUUCCCUGGCCCACUCCCCCCUCGUUCGUUUGCUCCCCCGCUUCCUCCCCGCCCCCCUUCCUCUCCAUUCGUUUCCCCCCCUCCGUUCCCUGCCUUCUUNCCUCGCUGCACAUCUGCCACUGCUGCAACACCUCCUCGUGCUACUGGGGCUGCCGCUCUGCCUGCCUGCGCUCCCUCCUGGGCAGGAAGCCGCGCCGCAGCGCCGCCGCCGCCGACGGGGGGGACCAGCCGCUGCAGCCGCCCGCUGCCGCCGGCGCAGACCACCACCCCCCGACGCCUGCCACUCGGCCGCAACCACCGCCGCCGCAGGUGGAGCGGCCGUGGCUCGACUGCCUGUGGAUCGUGCUGGCGCUGCUGGUCUUCUUCGGGGACGUGGGCACCGACCUGUGGCUGGCCCUCGACUACUACCGCAAGGGGGACUACGGCUUCUUCGGGCUGACCCUCUUCUUCGUGCUGGUGCCGUCGCUGCUGGUGCAGAGCCUGAGCUUCCGCUGGUUCGUGCAGGACUACACGGGCGGCGGGCUGGGCGCCGUGGAGGGGCUCAGCAGCCGGGGCCCCCCCAUGAUGGGGGCUGGCUACGGCCACGGAGCGGUCCGCGGAGGCCCGGGCGUGGGGGGCCCGGCCACGCCGGGGGCGCAGCGCCUGUGCCGCCUCUCCGUGUGGAUCUGGCAGUCGGUCAUCCACCUGCUGCAGAUGGGGCAGGUGUGGAGGUAUAUCCGCACCAUGUACCUGGGGAUUCAGAGCCAGCGGCGGAAGGAACACCAGCGACGCUUCUACUGGGCUAUGAUGUACGAAUAUGCAGACGUCAACAUGUUGCGCCUCCUUGAGACCUUCCUGGAGAGCGCCCCCCAACUGGUGCUACAGCUCUGCAUAAUGAUCCAGAAGAACAGCGCUGAGACGCUGCCCUGUGUCUCCUCUGCGACAUCCCUGAUGUCCCUGGCUUGGGUGCUAGCCUCCUAUCACAAGCUGCUGCGGGACUCCAGGGACGACAAGAAGAGUAUGAGCUACAGAGGGGCCCUCAUCCAACUCUUCUGGCGCCUCUUCACCAUCUCAUCCAGAGUUAUCUCUUUUGCCCUCUUUGCUUCCAUAUUCCAGCUCUACUUCGGGAUCUUCGUGGUGGUUCACUGGUGUGCCAUGGCCUUCUGGAUCAUCCAUGGCGGAACAGACUUCUGCAUGUCCAAGUGGGAGGAGAUCCUCUUCAACAUGGUGGUAGGGAUUGUGUACAUUUUCUGCUGGUUUAACGUCAAGGAAGGGCGGACUCGAUAUCGAAUGUUUGCAUAUUAUACGAUAGUCUUGACCGAGAAUGCUGCCUUGACGUUCCUUUGGUAUUUUUACAGAAACCCGGAGACCACUGACUCCUAUGCAGUGCCAGCACUGUGUUGUGUCUUUAUUAGCUUUGUGGCUGGGAUCGCGAUGAUGCUCUUAUACUAUGGUGUGCUGCAUCCCAUGGGGCCGCGAGCUAAGAUUUUUGCCAGCUCCUGUUGUGCCGAGCUGCUCUGGGGCAUCCCUUUGCCCCCCGAUGUUGAGCCCAUGGCGCCUCAGACCCCUGGGUACCGGGGGACCCAGGUCACGCCUACCAGAGCCGUAACGGAACAACAGGAGGAUCUCACGGCUGACACUUGCUUGCCUGUUUUCCAAGUGAGACCCAUGGGUCCCGCUAUCCCGCCGGGGCGUCUUUACCCAGAAGGGCCCCUCAUUAAGAUUGACAUGCCAAGAAAGAGAUACCCAGCUUGGGAUGCUCAUUUUGUAGACAGGAGGUUGAGAAGGACUAUUAACAUUCUGCAGUAUGUCACCCCCACCGCAGUAGGCAUUCGGUAUCGAGACGGACCACUCCUUUAUGAGUUGCUACAGUAUGAGUCUUCACUCUAAGAGCAUCUUGACCCAAGCUGAGAAGGGGACCUUAAGUUUGGUUUGCGGUAAAUACCGCUCACAAGAAAUAUAACCCUCCCUUCCCCCAAUACACAAAACCACCACCACCACCA